CAAAACAUGGCUAAAUUGGCUAAGUAUGUUUGUCCUUUCAGAGGUGAAUUUCUUAAUUUAAUCUGGUUUAUUCUAGAAUUCGGGUAAAGUAACUUGAUUUUUACAAUUCAGAGACCCUCUCUUGUAAAUUUAAUAGGUUAUCUGUAACUGUUGAAUAACUUGAAUAAUGUGUUGACCUUUUGACCAGGUGAUGGACAGCUGUGUAUAUUACACCAUAAGUAAAACAAAAGCAUUUUAUUGGUUCCGAUUUUUUUGAAUGACUUAAUGAAAUACAAGCCCAAAGUCGCUUAAUAAGCAGACAUGUCAACACAGUGCAAGUAGAGGACGUGAACAGCACCAUCUAAUGGUACCCAGGCACAGAUGAUUUCUCUGUGAUGGAUCUCAAAGCAAACUAAUCCAGAAACUUGGCUGAUAUUUUUGUAUGUACAUGUGUGUUUUGUGUUUUAGAGAUAGUGAGAGCCAUGACGCAUGUCAUUAAUAAUGGGAUGUCCAUGUACUGGGGCACGUCACGCUGGUCAGCGAUGGAGAUCAUGGAGGCGUAUUCUGUAGCAAGGCAGUUUAAUCUAAUUCCUCCUGUGUGUGAACAGGCCGAAUAUCAUUUAUUCCAGAGGGAUAAAGUGGAAAUGCAGUUGCCAGAGCUUUACCAUAAGAUUGGUGUUGGAGUGGUUUCCUGGUCUCCUCUAGCCUGUGGCAUCAUCACAGGGAAAUAUGAAAACGGCAUCCCAGAAUCCUCCAGGGCCUCUAUGAAGUCAUACCAGUGGCUGAAGGAGAAGAUUCUGAGUGAGGAUGGCAGAAAGCAGCAGGCCAAGCUUAAGGAAUUGACCCACAUAGCUGAGAGGCUCAGCUGUACCCUGCCACAGCUUGCCAUCGCCUGGUGCCUCCGUAAUGAAGGAGUGAGUUCUGUUCUCCUGGGGACCUCCAACCCUGCACAGCUCACUGAGAACCUGGGGGCGAUACAGGUUCUUCCAAAGAUAACCACUCAAGUGGCCUCGGACAUCGACAAAAUCCUGGGUAACCGUCCCCACAGUAAGAAGGACUACCAUCAUUAGGCCUUUCUGUGAACCUGUAAGCCUUGAGACUCAGGAUCUCGUGCCAGACCUCUUGUUUCAGCGGGUGUCCACAGUGUGUGAUUCCCACCAUUGUGUGUCUGUGUCAACUUCUCCUGCAGAGAGCCAUUGUUACUGUUACAGUAGAAAUGCUAAAGUGUUAUGCAUGCUUCUGUUCGACCUAUACCUGAGCUCAUCCUCGCAUUAAGAUCUCUGUGGAGACACACCUGCCUGUGAAGCACGGAAGCUCCCGGACUCCCUCGUCUGUGGGGUUUUGUAUUCAGCCGUCAUAACCCAUAUGUGCCAAAGUGAACAUCGUCUUGACCCUUGACCUCCAGACAUCCAUUCUGAACAGGGACAAAUGGCCCUGAUUAUGGUCUAUAAAAAGUAAAGUAAGGAAACACACUGCAUAUCAUUCUGAGAAUGUACAAACUAAGAACUUUGAUGUAUGGCAGAGCAGCAUAUAGAGUUGAACUGUCUACACUGGUAAAAAUGUGUUGGAUUAAAAAGCCAUCAACAGUAAAGUGGGCUGUUAUUGUGUUUAAAUGUUCUCCAGGAAGUUGUACAUCUUUAAACGACCAUCUGUGUAUGUUUCCUUUGUAAACCCUGCAAUUUGUGUAAAUUCCGUUCAACAAUUUCUUACUUCUCCAUUGUUUUAAAUGUGCAUUAUAUAAGUAACUUAGUUUGUGUUCUCCAGUGUUUAAGUUACACUGGUUAAAAAUUUAAAUGCUUGCUGCUUUAUUUGGCAACUUUUGAGCUGCUAAGCAGUAAAUACUUGAGUCCCGAGCGUGACAGAAAUGCACAACUACUAAAAGCAACUAGUUCCUGUCCAUGACAAAUGGGGUCAGAAUGUUUACAGACUUGAAAAUGAUGAAGCUGUUAAUUAAUGCAUUGUGCAGAGUGCUUUUAACAUUAAAAUAAAAA